AUGGCAAAUAUACCAGGUGCAGAGCCAAUCAGAUCCGACAAAUUGCCGUCAUCCAAUUCCAAUUCGCCGAAAGCCGAAACAACCGAAAUAUUCGGUACGCCAAAUCUCACUGGUUUCUUUGAAUCGGGUGAUUUUUCGGACUUUGUAUUACGCUUCAAAGACAAAGAAUUCAAAGUUAAUAGAAUUGUUUUAGCAGCCCAUUCCGACUAUUUCAAAAGUAUGUUCAUCGGAGACUGGAAGGAAAAUAAAGAAAAAAUGAUGACAAUUGAUGAACAUGCACAUGUAACAUCUGAUGCUUGCGAAAAAGUGAUUAAAUAUAUGUAUGAUGGAAGAAUGGAAACGUCCAAAUUGGAUAUUUGCGUGUGUGCUGUUGCAAACAUGUGGCAAAUGGGAGAUCUGAAGAAAGAAUGUGAAAAAUAUAUGAUACCCCAGCUAUGCACAGAAAAUGUGGUUGAAUUUGGUGUCGCAGCAAAUCUCUAUGGUUUAAAUAAUUUAGAAACUGCUGCAUGUGAAUAUAUUCUUGCUAACGCGACAGCCGUGAUGCAGACUGAUGGAUGGAAUAAGCUAGAAAAUACUGAAUUCCCCGGAUCGGGACAUUUCUUUGGUGAAAUAUUAAAAAUUGUCACCAGAAAGGAUGAAAUCCCUCAAAACUCGUCCACAGCAAAGCGUCCGAAGAAUGAAUCAACAUAG